CGCCGCAGCGGGGCGCCACGAUCGAUGCUGAGUUGCCGAUGAUCGCCUGCUUAUUUAUCGCAUAACUUUUCCAUCCGGGCAGCUUUUAUUCGCGAUAACGGCAUAUUAGGCGUCUACGGAAUAUUUCUCUGGCCGGCGGUCGCGUCCGCGCGCGAUUGCUCGCGCGGAACCCCGCGUACCGCCCCUCAGUACGUUAUGGAAUGCGCGACGAGCAGCUACCGUGUUACGCGGCUCCGCACGAUGCCAAACCGAAAAUGUACGCGGAUAGUGCGGUACCCCGUACGACGCGGCCGCGGACUUGACGACUCGCCACCCGAUACCGGACACGGUGUGCAAGUUGCUCGCUGGCCGCCCACACCGUCCACAAAUCGCACGCGCUCCCGUAUUUUUCGUCGCCGUCGGUAGCACGUCGUAUACGUGGCAACAGCGUGUGGCUGCCGUGCAAGCGCUAGGCUCUGUCACUUCCUAGUCAAGAAACGAGGAAUUUUGCCGUAGUAGUGAUACGCGCCGAGACGGGCUCGUCGGUAUACGUGAAACGUGACCCCGUGGGAUUCUACGUUAACUCGGAUCGUCCAGGAUCGCCUAUCCCAGGGGAUUGGAGCACGUCGCCCGCCGACAACGCUCUCGCGCUCGAUAGGGCGCUCCUGCUCGAUCGCGUGCUCGAUCAUCCCGUCGCUCUCGUGCAUCAUCCUGUUGCCUGCGCGAGCUGUGUCACACCACCUGCAUCUCCCAACGGCAUUCCAUUAAUCCUGAUUCGCGGCGGCGUGGUUCCGAGCCCGGAAGGAUCGAAGCCCAGGCAUCAUCGAGAGCGUCGCCUUCACCAGAGGAUGCGUACAUGAACACGGACGUGGGAAUAUUUAUUUAUUUAUAUACGGUCGUCCCAGAAGUGGAAAAACUCCUCUCCUUUUUUGUCCCUUCAACGUGGAUAGCACGGCGGGAAUUUGAUGCUGCAUUCCCAAUGGAUAUACACAUCUGUUGAUUGCGAUGGGCUGAUGCAGGCUGCUGCGACUAGUUUAUUGGUCUUCGAAUGCCCGUCUCUCUACAGCGUUGUCCAUAUGAGAGAGUUAACUUGAGAGUUAAUGGUGCUCCUGCGCACUGUUAUCGUUAUCUUCUUAUCACCAUAAUGGAGGGGCCCGUUAAAAAGAAGCAACGUAUCGAGAAUAGCGAGAACGCCAGGAAUGGACUCGCCGAUAUUGGACAGCUGCAGAGCAAUCUGCUCAAACACUGUUUGUGCUACUUAUCAGAGAGUAGUUUGCGUAAACCGUUCACCAAUGCUACAGUGCAGGCGGCCGACGGGAGCAUUCGUUCCGCUGUACUGUCCGAGUGGAACACAGAUAAGACUCUGGAGUUUUUAAGCGCGCUGCAACUGCUGUUCGACCUGGCCAUCAAGCAGAACAUGAAGGGCGUGAUGUGCAGAAGAAUAGCAGACGUUUGCAACAUUUUCGCGCGGAACGAGCACGGGAUAAUCGACCAGGUCAUCGACUUGUGCUACACGUCCGACAAGUUUGUGUCGUUCGCCGCAAGUCGCGUGCUCGCAUCGUUCUUCAUCGUUACGAGAGAUAAGGUGGAGACCGCCUGGUUGGAGAGGCUCAUACAGUCACUAGUGAACACGCAUUCGCCUAGCCAGAUGCUGUUCACUUUGGACGUCAUAAAGAGGGUAGUCGAAUACAAGGACUUCAGCAUACAUCCCGAGGAAGACGCGUCCACGCCGGCCGGCUGCAUCACGCUCGCCAUCUCCGACGACUUUGACAGCACGGCGAUCAAAGCUAUGUGCGUGAAGGCGCUCGAACCCAAGUGGAUCGAUCUCGUGCUCAAGUUUGACGCAAUUCUUUGCGCUUACACGCCGCAAUACGAGUUCGUCGUCAUCACGUUCCUAUAUCUGUGGGAGACCAUCAUCUCGGUUAAGGCCAACCUGUCGGUCAUCGACACUCAACUGUUUUACUCGCAUCUGAACAAUCUUGUGGCGUUUCUAAACACUAACGUACCGGGUAUGAUCUGGCGACACCUACUCAGUCUGUUCAACGAAGUACUGUGUUACGGCAGUACUUUGGCGCUGCAGGACAUACUGCCGGACGAACCAUGCUCUCUCGCGCACCUGAUCGUGCGUGCUGUCAAGGAUUUCCGGCUGUUGGACGGGAUACCGUACCGUCACGGCUCAGGCAGGUUCGGCGGCGGCACCGGCGACGGCGAUCGUCCGCUGUUGCAAAAGAUGGUAUUGCUGGUGCUGAAAAGCGUCGCUGUGACGGUGCGUGAGACGCGCAGCGACUCCAGCGACUCGUCUCUAGGUUCGAAGUCCGAGGCCGAGGCCGAGGAUCUCGACGAAGACAUGGCGGUGAUCGAGAGAAGCAUUCGCGAGGUGCUGCGCCAGUUGGACCAAUGCGUAAAGACGCUGAUGCCCUUCCAUCCGGAGAUGCCGCUGUCGCAGUGGGUCGUGCAGAUGUUCCACGACCAGGACGACUUCCUGAUCGAAGGUAUGGUCUGCUGCCUGGACGUCGCGGUGGGCCUCUUCUACCGCGGACCGCCGCAGAACGAUUUAGGCCACAUGCUCAGUCCCACGCUGACCUUUGUGCAAUUCAUACACGCCGUGUCGCACGAUCCGGAAGUGCUGCUGGAUCUGCUGGUCAGCAACGAGACCUGCUGCUUGCUGUAUCUUUUGCGAUUCCUCAAGUACAUUAGGCGCAACUGGAUCGAAUUCGUCACAUGCUGCGGUCGCGACUUGGACAACACUAUGACGGUGCUGAUAAGACUGCGGCUGGCCAUCGACCGGUUGGUGUCCAAGGCACUGUUCCCGUACAACAUUAGUCCGGUUCUUCGCCUGCUCGAAAAGUGCGAGUCCUUCUAUGAAGGCAAUAUGGGCACGAAUGACAUGUCGGUUGUAUAAGACGAGAGAGAUCUGCCGCCGGAUCGAUCAAACAGUUCUGUUUUUCGAGGAGUGUUUAAAUCGUUCGUACGAAUAGCUAAGUACUCUCCGAGAACAUUAGAUUUUUGCCAUGUGUAAAAUAUCACGUUUAGCUGUACAGAUCGUCGUAUAAAUGAAAAGCAACCGCCCGUCCCGUCAUCGAAGGCUCGUCUCGGAAAUUUGUACAAUUUAUUUUGUCAAAUAGGAUAUCUCUCUGUAAAUGUAGCUUUAUUAUAUUUCAAUUUAAAAUACCCGCGAGGUAUGUACAUACUUAAUAAACGUAAAAAUUUCGUAAUAUAAGUUGCUUGCUAGGUAAAAUUUCACUUUCUCUUGAUAAUUUUGGAAGAAGAUAAUUCACGUUACUGAUUCAGAUGUGACGGUAGAAAAAAUUACUCAAUGUUAUUCAAUUCGCAAUUGCAGUGACAAAUUCAAUCCAUUUGCGCCUAAAUAAAAAUGGGAAAAAUCUUUUCUUUUAUGGACUAGUAAUGCGUAAACGAACAGGGAAAAUGUGGAGGAAUAUAUAUAUAUAUAUAGAAAAAAUUGUAUUGCUGUCAGAUUCAGAUCUCGUGCAGCUUGUACAAAUAAAAAAUGUAGUUCUUAAUUUUUUAUCUGGCCAGGAGAGCAUAUUAUACAGCUAGCAAAUUUUAAUUUGAUAUUUAUAAAUAUUGACAAUAUUAAGAAUACUCUAUUUUCUUUCUCUGUUAUGAGCAAAAAUUUUUUACUACUGAUAUUAAUGACGUUUCUCGAUUGAGGAAAAAAAAAGGAAUAGUUAUUUGUUUCAGACCUACAAAUGAAUCGUUAUUGUAAAUAAUGACAUUAACAAUGAUCAACGGCAUAUUUAGAUAAGAAUUCCUGCUGUAAGUACACAUGUAAUACACUAAAAAUUCUCAUAUUUUACUUUUAUAAUUGUGGUGUCGUUUAAUUCAAUCUCCCCCUGAUUGUGUUUUUAUUCUCUCGGGAAUUGCGACAUCGUGUUCGACACAAUAGCGUAAGUUCUGUACUUUUGUGCAAAGAUCACUCGAAAAGUGAUCGAUGAAAUUAGAAAUUUCUUUUCCAAUCAAAUAUUUAUUAUCAUCUCUCUCACAACGCAAGCCAAAUACAAUGGUCAUUAUCGAGACUUACGAUUAUAAUAUAGCCCGGCAGAUUGUCAGUGAUGCCCCGCGCGAUUGAUCACGUAAACAGCGCUCGAGAUCACGGAGUGAUGUAAUGCUCUGAUCAAUACAUCUCGAACGCUGUUCACGCUCGUCUCAUCAGGACAAACCGACCGGAUUAUUUUUUUUUUCUUCGUUACUUUAGAAAAAACCGAUAGAAUUAUAAGUUUAGCCUUUUUCGGCGUAUUUUCUUUUAUAAAAUUACGCUACUCUCUAUUUAGAAUUUGCAAAUAUAGCUCUUAUUUAAACAUUCGACCGAGAAAUUUUGCGUCGAGUAGGACAUCUUUUUAAAAACACAAAAUUUUGUACUAAAUAUUUAUAUUCGUGUAUUAAAUCAUUAUUUAUAUAUUUCUGUACUUCGUCAAUAAAUCACUAUUUCACAGCAUCAUUCUUCCAUGUAAAACAAAAACUUAGCGCUACCAUACUGUUAAGCAUCUUUUUGUUUUCUUUCCGUUAAAUUAAACGUUUACUUGUGUUUUCCUCUUCUUGGUUCAAAAUGUUGCUUUGCUCCAAGUCGGUAAAACUAUUUUAUCGCAUAUUAUACACCAACGCGCACGAAAUCACGCGAAAAAACUGUACAUAUCUCUCUUUCUCUCUCUCUCUCUAUAGUUUUACUUAACGGAACUGAACGUGUUCACUGCUUUAUUGUGAUCGCAGCAAAAGUUAGUUUAACAAGCUUCACUAAAUCAACAAUAGAAUCUAAGUUACGUAGCCCAUUGUUAGCAUCGUAUUCAACAGUGGAUUAUUUAUCGCAUUUUAUCUUUCUCCCUUUCUCUCUCUGGUUUUUUUUCUUGUUUUAUUCGUUGCUAUACAUGCCCCCGCACUAUCAAUAUAAUAAA